GCGAGAGGGGCGGGGGCGGGACCGGCAGCGGCUGCGCCGCGACACCGACACCGCGAUCGAGAGCGGGACCAGCACCGGGACUGCGACCAACACCAAGAGCGGGGCGGCGACCGUGGGGUUAAGGCUGCAGCCGGCACCGGGAGCGGAGCCGCGACCGGCUCCAGCGUUGGGGCUGAGUCCGGGACUGCUGGCAGAGGGCGGACGGCACCGGCGGCGGAGGGGGUGCAACCAGUCCUGCCCUUGCUCACCCUGCUCACGGUGCCCUCGCUGCCCACCCGCAGCCCCCGGACGCGGCGAUGGGCCGGGGGCUGGGGGGGGGGGCUGAGGGCGGUGGGCAGCGCUCCUGAGAGGGUGGUACCGGGGGUGUCAGGAUGAGGGGGGGGGGUUCGGGGGGCAGCGGGGGGGGCUCUGCCCGGUCCAGCCUGCGGGCCUUCGCCCACAGCUCCUCGCUGCAUGGCAUCAGCCACGUCUUUGCCUACGGGGCUGCGUCGCUGCGGCGGGGGCUCUGGGGGGGCUUUUUCCUGGGCUCACUGGGGCUGCUGCUGCUGGUCUGCGCCGAGCGUGUCGCCUACUUUCUCACCUACCCCCACGUCACCAAGCUGGACGAGGUGGCAGCUGCCAACCUGACCUUCCCUGCCAUCACCAUCUGCAACCUCAACGAGUUCCGUUUCUCCAAGAUCACCCGCAAUGACCUGUACCACGUAGGGGAGCUGCUGGCGCUGCUCGACCACCGCUUCGAGAUCAGCCGCCCGCAGCUGGCAGAGCCCCACGUCCUGGCAGCGCUGCGGGACAAGGCCAACUUCAGGAACUUCAAGGCCAAGCCCUUCAGCAUGGCCGAGUUCUACAACCGCACGGGCCACGACCUGGCCGAGAUGCUGCUCCAGUGCUCCUUCCGUGGUGCCGGCUGCACUGCCCGCAACUUCACCGUGAUCUUUACCCGCCUGGGCAAGUGCUACACGUUCAACGGCGGGGGCCCGGGCCGGGAGGUGCUGACCACGCUGCGGGGUGGAGCGGGCAAUGGGCUGGAGCUGAUGCUGAACGUGCAGCAGGAGGAGUACCUGCCCGUCUGGGGGGACACGGAUGAGACCUCGUUCGAGGCGGGGGUGAAGGUGCAGAUCCACAGCCAGGACGAGCCACCUUUCAUCGACCAGCUCGGCUUCGGCGUCGCCCCCGGCUUCCAGACCUUUGUCUCCUGCCAGCAGCAGCGGCUGGUGUACCUGCCCCCACCGUGGGGGGACUGCAAGGCCACCCCCAUCGAGUCUGACUUCUUCAGCGCCUACAGCCUGACCGCCUGCCGCCUGGACUGCGAGACACGCUACCUGCAGGAGAACUGCAACUGCCGCAUGGUCCACAUGCCAGGCAAUGCCAACGUCUGCACUCCGGAGCAGUACAAGGAGUGUGCUGACCCUGCGCUGGACUUCCUGGUGCAGAAGGACAGCGAGUACUGUGCGUGCCGCACGCCCUGCGCCAUGGUGCGCUAUGGCAAAGAGCUCUCCAUGGUGAAGAUCCCCAGCAAGGCCUCCGCCAGGUACCUGGCCAAGAAGUUCAACAAGACCGAGCAGUACAUCGCGGAGAACGUGCUGGUCCUGGACAUAUUCUUUGAGGCGCUCAACUACGAGAUGAUCGAGCAGAAGAAGGCCUAUGAGGUGGCAGGGCUGCUGGGUGACAUCGGGGGGCAAAUGGGGCUCUUCAUCGGUGCCAGCCUGCUCACCAUCCUGGAGAUCUUCGAUUACCUGUACGAGGUGUUCCGGGACAAGCUCCUGAGCUUCUACAGGGAGAGGAAGAGGAACGACGGCAGCGCCCUGGAGCAUCCCGCGGGCACUCCCCCGGGCACCCCCCCGGGCACUCCGCCGGGGCCACUCCCGCCGGGGCCCAGAGCCCCCGGCCCUCCCUGCGCUGCCCGGACGGUCUCGGCCUCCCCCCGAACCUGCUACCUCGUCACCCGCCUCUAGGCACCUCCUGCUGAGGGGCCCGCGACCCCCGGCCGGGCCGGGAAGGAGCACCGCGAUGCGGGGGAGGCGCUGGUGCAGCCCCCGCCCCGCUUUGCCCCGGGGCACCCAAACUGCGGCUGUGGGGCUGGCACCGAGCCCCGAGGUGCCCCGGUCUUGCCCACCCCGCCAAGGAAAUGCUCUGCUCCGGGGGUCCUCCCCCCGAGACGUGGCGGGGGGUGGGGCGCUGGGGGUGGCUGGACCCUCCCCGGCUCUGUUCCGUGUCCCUGCAUGUGCUGCUUGUGCCCAAGACCCCCCCAAGCUGCGCCCUGUGUGUGUCCGUGUCCCCCCCCACCUCCCCAUUAAAAGUCUGCCCCGG